GAGAGAGAGCACAUGAGAGGGGGGAGGGUCAGAGGGAGAAGCAGACUCCCUGCCGAGCAGGGAGCCCGAUGCGGGACUCGAUCCAGGGAUUCCAGGAUCAUGACCUGAGCCGAAGGCAGUCGCUUAACCAACUGAGCCACCCAGGCGCCCACCCUGCUUCUGUUCCCUCUCUUGCUGUGUCUCUCUCUGUCAAAUAAAUAAAUAAAAUCUUCAAAAAAAAAAAAAAGAUUAGUAGCUGUCUGCAGUCUACCUCUCCAGCUCUCCUACCACUCUACUCUCUAUCUCUACCCUUCUUACUACUCCCUACUCCCUUACUACUCCCUAUCUACCCUUCUUAUUUCUCUACCCUUCUUACUACUCCCUUACUACUACCCUUCUUACUACUCCCUAUCUACCCUUCUUAUUUCUCUACCCUUCUUACUACUCCCUUACUACUACCCUUCUUACUACUCCCUAUUGUAAGUUCCCAGCCACACUAAAUCACUUAAUAUUUCCUGAACAUGCCAUUCCUCUGGCGAGAAUAUCCAUUCCUUCUCUUCCCAGGUGAGCUCCUGCCAUCCUUUAAGAUCCAGCUUAUAAGUUACUUUUUAAAAGAAGCUUAUGACUUCUCUGGAGGGUGAAAGCGAUUUCUUUUUUUCAUGUUUGUUUUCUCUCAUUACUCUACUACAGCCCUUUCAUAUUAUAGCUGUCUUUGAGAUCCUGGAAGGCAGGAUCUAUGUCUUAGUCAUCUUUCCUUGCUUCCCCAAUGCCUAGCACAUGUUUGUGAAUGAAAGGACCCAUAUGGAGUGUGGAGAAAGGACCCGUAAGUAUGAGUGCUGAUAACUAACUUGCAACAGCCUUAGCUUCUUAAACAUAGUCUCUUUCCCAAGGGAAAAUGGGAAACUUCUCAACUGUAUCCCAUUGGAAACAAUUGGAUAUGGGCAUAAUCUGGAAAGAAAUGUGCUUUACAUCCUCUCUCUAUGAGUCACCAUAAAAAGAGAUUAUCAGUCUUCUUGACAUAUCAGCAGUCUCUUAGAAAAGUGAUUCAGUGCACCAUGUAUACACUCAGCUCCUUGGAUUGUCACUACUCAUUGCAUAUCUUACUCCCUUGCUCUUGGGAGACUUUGUAAGCCCAACACCUGGGUCAGUUUCUAGCACUUAUUGGGAGCACAAUAAAUGUUUAUUGAAAGAAUAUAUGAAUUAAAUGAAAUUUAUAAAUUAAUUUCCUCCUCUCUUGGAUAAUUUAAACCCUCCCUUUAAAAAUGUUUGAGGUGCGUUCGGCUCCAUUGGGCUGGUUGGCUCUUACUGUUGCAGUGGUGACGCACUUCAUCCUGUCUUUCUCAGACUCUUAACAUCUGGAGAUCUUUCUACUCUUCUCAGCUCUUCCACCUAGAUCCAUAAGCCUGGCCCUUUCUUACAAUCUCGCUCUUUCUUUUUUUCCAUCUACCCUCAACUUACCAACAUGAGUGCACAUCCAGCUCUGCCCCUAUGCCCGCCUGGCCCCGAAGCACCCAGUUCUAGGGACUCUUCUCCAAUGCCUGAGAUUUACGGGCCUAAAGAAAAUUAUGCAUCCCUGCAAAUGUCAUCUGCUGAGACACCCCACGCAGAGACCGUCUCUCCUCUUCCUUUGUCCAUGGAUCUGCUUGUUCAGGACAGCCCCGACUCCCCCACCAGUCCCAGGGUAAAACCACCACCCACUUCUGGAGAGGAGAGAACAGUGAGGAAGGAAGAUACGGCCCAGGGCAAGAAACAGAAGAUCCGGACCGUGUUCUCUCAGACCCAACUCUAUGUCCUCAGUGAUCGAUUUCAGAGACAGAAAUACCUCAGUCUCCAGCAGAUGCAAGAACUUUCCAACAUUCUGAACCUUAGCUAUAAGCAGGUGAAGACCUGGUUCCAGAACCAGAGAAUGAAAUGUAAGAGGUGGCAGAAAAACCACUGGCCAAAGGAGAGCAAGAGUGUGACUCAGAACAGCACAGCAACCGCAGAAUACCCAGGCUUCUAUUCCUACCACCAGGGAUACCUGAGGAACACUUCUGGAAACCUUCCAAUAUGGAGCAACCAGACCUGGAAUAACCCGAAUUGGAGCAACUGGAACAGCCAGUCUUGGAGCAACCACUCCUGGGCCAGUCAGACCUGGUGCCCCCAAGCCUGGAACAAUCAGCUCCAGAACUGUGGAGAGGAAUCUCUGCAGCCCCAGAUCCAGUUCCAGCAAAAUUCCAUCAGUGAUUUGGAGUCCAUCUUAGAAACUUCUGGGGAAAGCCAUAGUGUAAUACAACAAUCUGCUAAGUAUUUUAGUACGCAGCAAAUAAUGGAUUUGUUCACAAAUUACUCUGUGAACAUACAGCCUGAAGAUGUGUGACGAUGAGUAUAUUAUUCGGUCUCAAUUUGGGUGGUGGCUGUUAUUCUCCUAGGCUUUGUCUUUUAGGUCCUAUAUAUCUCUGCCUCGAUAUUCUGUUUCCCACUAUUCUUACUGUGUCCAUUGAGGGGAUACAAUUGGAGUCAAAGAGGUUUCAGUAGCGUUGGCUCUAUGGACAAAAUGAUAAAAGGUGUUUCUCGCUAUAGAUAACUAGAUACAAUACUAAUGUGGAUAUCUUUAGGUUCUAGAAUCUAACCUCAAGAAUAGGAAGUGAAGAUACAAAAACAUGUGAUGAAGGAUAAUUUGUAUUUUCUGAGAUUGUGAGGCUUUUCUUGUUAAUAACUUCAAUUAUUAACGAUGAAGGGUUAAGCUAUAAUGUGCUUCAUUGAUUUCCUCGGUCCCUUGUGAUGUUUUACUAGAACUGUUAAUUUGUUCAUUAUUCUAGCAUUUGUAGAAAGAUGUUUUGUAUUUUAAUGUAUCAUGAUAAUAGUACCAGUUUGGCUGAUUGGUUUAUAGGUUUAAGUACAAAUAAAUAAAAUGCCCACUUAAAAAAAAAAUGUUUGAGGUGCCACUUGUCUUUAAUGCCUUUUCUAAUCAUCCACUGCUAUAAUUUUAUCCUUCUCUGUCUUCAUGUAGCACAUAUUAUUUAAAGAUUUUACUUUUAUUUUUUAAGCAAUCUCUACACCCACUGUGGGGCUCAAACUCACAACCCUGAGAUCAAGAGUUGCAUGCUCCACUGACUGAGCCAGCCGGGUGCCCCAGUAGCACAUAUCAUUUAGACUAUUCUAUCUUGCAUUUUUAUUUAUUUUUAAGUGCAUAUAUCCUUUCUUUCCAGCUAGAUUAUAGAAUCCUUGAGAGCAGGGACUAUGUGUACUAUUGCAUCCUAUAGUAGUGUCCUUAAAUCUAGCAGGAUUUUAUUGUGUAAAUUGUUGGUGAUGUUCCCCAGGGUCACAUAGUGUCUUGUCCUCUAAGAAGACUGCAAAACCCUGAAGAUAACCAUAGAAUGAGACCACCUCACACCUGUUAGCUAGCUAUUAGAAUAGCUAUUAUAAAAACAAAGCAAAAUGAAAAACAGAAAAGAACAAGUAUUAGCAAGGAUGUGGAGAAAUUAGAACCUCUGUGCACUAUUGGUGGGAAUGUAAAAUGGUAUAGCUGCUAUAUAUAGCUGUUCCUCAAAACAGUAUGGUGGUUCCUCAAAAAAUUAGAAUUACCAUAUGAUCUAACAAUUCCGCUUCUGUGUAUGUACCCAAAAGAGUUGAAAGGGAAGUCUCAAAGAGAUUUUAAACACCCAUGUUUACAGCA